AUGUCUAUCAAGAAGUUGCUUGAGCUUACCGUUGUGUUCUUCUUAUCGCGGUUUGGUGGUGUGGGAUCAAAUCACGAUGCCAAGAAUUAUAAGCAUCCUGCACACGCUGACAUCAGACUCGCAGCGCGGGGUCUCGGCAUGCAAGAGCGACUUCUUGUCCAAUCAAAUGCACUGUUGCCUGUUUGCUGGUCGCGCACGUCCGAUGCUACACAAGCACUCGUAGAAUUGAACAAUUCUACGGACAUCAUCCCUGAAUUCCACAACAUCCUCGUUGCAACACAAAACCUUCCCUCUCGAAUAAACGGGUGGCUCACAGAACCACAACUGACCGACGCAGUUGACCGACGCAGCAUGGAUCCUGAACCAAUAACAUGUCGGAUUCGAGUCAGAUGGGGGAGCGGUGAUGUUCCCCAUGUACACGCCAUACGAAGCUUGACAGAUAUCAAAGAUUUACCCGAUAUGACAAAAGAAUUGCAACAACGAUGGGCUGAAGAGAUCGUGAGGUUAUUCUUAUCAAACCCCGGUCCAAUUGCGGCCAUCAGACCCUGGGAUAUCCUUCUGCACCAACAUGGUUCCGUCGUGGCAUUGUUGUCAGAAAAGGGAGGUCGGAGCUUCUACCCCUCUCGUUUCCGGAUCCCUCCUCACAACGUCCUCGGGCUUGACGAGGGAGAGAGGGUGACGCGAGCGGAGAGGUUUGCAUUAGGUACUCUGCUCUACGAGGUCAUGACAGCAAAAGAACCCUUCGAGGAGCUGAGCGAGGAGGAGGUGCAGGACCAUUACCGUCGGGGCAUUUUCCCAGAUGACGUCUUCUCUAUGGCUAUGGGGCCUUAUAUCCUUGGGUGCUGGAGUCUGGAAUUCGAGAAAGAGAUGGAGAGACUCCUCGCUGAAUCCGGCCAAGUAUCAAUUGGUGGUCGAUUUCGUGCGUACGCCAAAGCUCAUCCCUUCCUUCUUGCCUCCCAGGUCACAGGUGGAGUCGUUAUGACAGCUUCAGUCAUUGCACUCCCUGGCCUGGGACUAGCUGGGUUUGCAGCAACUGGUCCUGUUGCUGGUACAGCGGUGACCGCUUGGCAAUCGUCGAUCGGAAUUGUACAAGCCGGUAGCUUAUUUGCGUGGUGUCAAAGCGCGGCCAUGGGGGGCGGAGCAGCUGUUAAUGGGAUCAUUGCCUGUGGCGCGGUAGGUGGAAGUGUAGCAUUGGUAGCCACGGGUGGAGCGAUCGCAGGUGGGCAAACGGUGUUGACGCCGGAGAAGAUGAAGGAGAUGUUUCUGAUGGCGUACCGCAAGGAAAACAGCGGACUCAAGCCUAUUGAGGCCGCGGACGAGUCAACAAGCUAG